UCAUAUAUAUUUUACAACAAACUGAAAGUUAUUUAGAGUUUUUUGUUUUUGUUUUUUUUUGUCUGUAGUAAAAUGGGAAGAACAGAAGAACUAUUGGAGGAGCUUUUGAAUGUUGAAGUGGAGCUUCAAGACGUUCAAGACCAAAUAAAAUUUUUGCUAGAUCGACAAGAGAAAUUGCAUGAGAGACAGUUUGAACUUAAAGCUCUGGUGGAAAGUUGUGAAUCCUCUAGUGGCCCGGGUGCCGAUAAUGCUGCUGUUUCAGUAGAUGACUGGUCAAGGCCGUUUGAAUGGGACUCUCAAGCUGAUGACAUUAGGUUUAAUGUUUUGGGCAUAUCAAAUUAUCGUGCAAACCAGCAAGAGCCAAAUGUGGAUAUUAAGGAACUGGAUGAAUUGAAUGUCUUAGUAUGGUGGAAGAAGUACAAGGCAAGUCAUCCGAUACUCUCAAGAAUGGCUCGAGAUAUCCUUACGGUUCAAGUAUCAACCGUGGCUUUGGAGAGCGCAUUUAGCCAAGGAAGACAGCAAAUUGGAGACUAUAGACAUUCAUUCCGGCUUUAGCUUGAAAGUACUAGUGUGCAUUCGCGAUUGAAUUAGAUCGGAGCGACGCAGCCAAAACUCAGAAGCGGAGGAAGGCGAGGAGGAAGAAAUUGAAAAUUUGAUAGCAAGUGGACCGGACCAAAUGGAAGACUUUGAAGAUAUUUCUAUGGCCGAAUACGAUAUGGGGGAAAUUAACGAAAUGAUUCAGAAUUAGUGAUUUUAUUAUUCUACUAUUUCUUUACAACUCAUGUAUUAUUUGCAAGUUAAAAAAAAUACAACUUGCAAAUAAAUGUUAUCCAAAAAUGAA